AUGAACGGAGCAGCAGUCGUAAAAGGAGAUCUGACCAUCAAGCUUGCACACUACAAUCGUGCAAGUCCUUUUAAAAUCUCUAUUAACCAGAGCAAACCAUGUGUGUUGAGUCAAAUGUCACUGGCCAAUAACUGUCUUGUAACUUGUAUGGACCUUUUGGCAUGUGCGACAGAGGUUUAUGAUACGGAUUUGGAUAUGCGACAUUUCCAAGAUGCCAUUUCAAAUAUCGUUCGGUAUCUUGUCAAGGCAAGAGAAUACCUUGAAACUCCAUCUGAAUCGCAACUUUUUCCCCAGAAAGAGCCAGAUCCCAAGUGCUUCCAGCCAGAGCUUCAGGACGAUCUAAUCAUCGAGUUUUCUACUAAACGCACACUAUUGAAUGUUUCUAUUUACGCAUUGAGUCUACACCAGCAAGGAAUACCUCUUCAUCUUCAAAACAAACUUCUUGGAAAAUUCAAGCACUUUAAGAUUGGAUCCUACAAGGGAAAAGAGAUAGAAAUUGUUGAUGAAGUUUCCAUUGAUAUUGUUUCACCAAAAUUAGCGGAAGCAUUUAAUUCUAUUGAGCACACCGAAGCAUUAUGUCGUGAUACUCUUGCCAAACUCACCAUGCAUAAUAGUGUCUUUUGA